AUGGCGCGGCCAGCAGAGCGGCAUCUGGUGCUGGCGUUCGUUCUUCUCCUCGUCUAUGCUACCCACACCCUCGCCCAACCCGACCCUCCAGCUAAGGAGGGCUGGAAGUUCGAUGACAACUCGCGCUCCAGCUGGGACAUCCUCUGGACAUGUGUUUCAACGAUCUUCGCCUGUACAUGGACAACACUGCAUAUGCCGCUGCCUAAACGCGAUGAAACCGACGUUGUUCAUAUGUGUAGCAAGCUGAUGGCGUGGAUUUAUGCCAUCCUCGCCCCAGAGCUAUUUGCCGUGCUGGCUGCCGAGGACCUAUGGCAGGCACGGUCGGUGGCGGCGCGCUGCAAUGCUGCCUUUCUCGCCGUUGAGAGCGAGAAUGCCGACGCCAGUUCGUCGUGGUCUGAGACGCCCGCUGCACAGACUGCUACAAACCCGGCCAACCGGUGGAGAGCGACCACAGAUGAAUGGACGUUUCCCGUUCAGCCCGGCAAUGUGGUUCCUUUGAUCCAGGCCGGCGUGGUCAAGCCCUCGCAUUUGCGAGCGCGCGAUAUCGAAGAUCGAGCCAAGGCAGACUCCUUUGCCAAGGCGUUUACGAUCUUGCAAAGUAGCUGGAUUGCAUGCAAUGUCAUUGCGCGAAAAGCAUACGGCCUCCCCAUCUCGGCUCUGGAGAUCUCGACGGUGGCGUAUGUGGUAUGCGCUGCCAUCACCUACGCGGUGUUGUGGCACAAGCCCAAGGACAUGGUCACACCCAUCGUAAUCCCGUUUCCGUAUAAGCGCAACGAUGAAAACAUGCCAGGCCAAAUCAUGGAGGCCUUGGAUGAGAGCUAUGGACGUUGGAUGCACAUCUCGGAUACAACCACCGACCAAACAACACCGAUGUCGGACUUUUUACUCUUGCCGCUCAUGAUAUUGAUCUUUCCAGUUGUCAUGACGCAGGCCUUCUUUCGAUCCAAUAUGCUGAAACGCACUAUAAGAAAGUUUCGAAAUCGCAGAGCACGCCACCUGAGCCCGUCGGAGAACACCCCGCCCAUGAGCGAAGGCCAAACCCGCGAUAAAGAAGCGCCUCGCGAUGAAGAAGCAGUUCAAGAGGGCGAGGGCCCAUCUAAUGAGCCCCGGUCCAGCAUCGAGGAGACCGAGAAAAAGUCCGAAGGCGAUCAGGAGUUACUUACGGUUCGUGUGCAAGUCCAGCAGAAUCAGAUGUUGAUUGUCACCGCGGUAGCCUUUUGCGGGAUUCAUGUUGCUGCAUGGAAUUCCUCAUUCCCAACCAAGGCCGAGCAGAUAGCCUGGCGGGUGUUCUCCCUCGUUGCAUUAGGCAUGGCCGUCCUGUACUAUCUUGCCUCGUGGUGGCAGGACAUCGAGCUUUGGCGCAAAUGGGGCCCUGAUGGAAGGCAUCAGAAUGGUAUUACUCAGCCAUGGACGUUGUGGGAUGUGGCUUGGAUUUCCACCGUGGGUAUUUUCUAUUCGAUUGCUCGUUGGGGCAAUCUCAUUUUGAUGUUUGUGGCCCUGAGGGCGCUGCCUCCUGGCUCGUAUACGACAAUCAACUGGAUGUCUACUAUCCCGCAUAUAUAG